AUCUGCUGAGUUUCCGAACUGAAUAAAAAGUCAGCAAUAACCAGCCGAAAACAAUAAAUUUCUUCAGUUUUCUUUGUAUUGUUUCCUCUUGAGCUACUUGGAUAUUGCUAUACGUCGGUUAAAACCAGCAAAACAUGCAGAUGAGAACUGUAGACUUUGGCGAUGGAAGUUCCAUUAUCUUGAACUGGAAUAAAUAGAUAUGUAUUGUUCACACUCCCACCUAUGUUUUCAGAUGGGCCCAGAAGUUUACUCGCAUUAUGCACGAGACUGGGGUCUUCAAAGAUCGCUCCCUGAGAGGCUGUUUGAUCAUUACUGCGAGAAAAUGCCCUCGGGUGACAGCGUGAUGUUCUUGACAGAAAAUUAUCGGAGUCAUCCCGACAUCCUGCAAUUUCCCUCUUAUAAUUUCUACGGAGAAGAGUUGAUUGCCCGCAGUGAACAGGCCUCCCACCCAAGGUUUGGGCCUCUGUUAUUCUUUUCAGUCCAUGGAGUUGAGGAAGCGAGAGAAAACUCUUACAUAAAUGCAGCAGAAGUUGAAGAAAUUGUGAAGAGGGUCGAGUUGCUAGCCGAUGACUGGCCAAUGGAGUGGAACAGAAGAGAUCUGUCUCAGAUUGGCGUCAUAUCCGCUUACAAGACUCAGGUUCGGGCUAUUCGAACACAACUCAGAAGCAAGGGACUACAAAAUGUAACAGUGGAAAGCAUCCACAACGUGCAAGGAAAAGAAUUUCGUGCAUUAUUCAUCAGCACUGUCCGCACAUCUCUAACUUGCCACAGCUUUGACAGACGUCAAAGUGAAUCUCAGUCACUCUACUGGGAAUUCUUGUCAGACCCNUUUUUCCUCGUUGCUAAACUGAAAGAUUUAUUGUCGUCUGUGCAGUGGAUGUCUUCGCUGUCCACUGCGGAUGCGCAGCAAUACGGUGGUCGUUUUCGCUCAAUUUCAUUACAAAAAUUAUGA